UUAAAAAACAAAUUAAAAAUAAAAAAAUCUCUAAAGAAAGAGUCUGAUCGGUGUUUGAUGAGACGCUGACAGCACUUUAACGGGAUUCUUCAAAAGUUCUACUCUUCUCUUUUCUUUUGCUUUCUUUCUCUUCCAAUCGCUAAUAAACCCUAGCUUUAUCUUUCUUUUUCUUUUCUCUCUCUCAAGACUGUAUCAUGAACGAUCCUAAAGAUCCCGAUCUGAGCGACGACUCAGCAUGGAGAGAACUCACAGCUUCAGAUUCUGACUUCUUCUACAGAGACACUUCCACCAUCCUAUCUGAGUUCGCCUGGAACCUCCACGCUUCCUCUAGUUUUACACAAACCGCCGGUGUCCCAUCUUCCAUCACCACCACCACCUCAAAGACUGAUCAGCCCAUUCCAACAUCUUCCUGUUCCUCAUCGGCCGCUGCCGCUUCUGUUACCGUUACAGAGGUUUCAACUAACGUUAACAAUCCUUCGGCUGCUACAUCUAGCUCAAGCGAGGAUCCAACCGAGAACUCAACCGCCUCCGCCGCGAAAACACCAAAGAAGGAGAAGAAGAAGGCGCAAAAGCGAAUCAGGCAACAAAGAUUCGCAUUCAUGACCAAGAGUGAUGUAGAUAAUCUUGAAGAUGGAUAUCGUUGGCGUAAAUAUGGACAGAAAGCUGUCAAGAAUAGCUCAUUCCCUAGGAGCUACUAUAGAUGCACGAACAGCAGAUGCACGGUGAAGAAGAGAGUGGAACGAUCAUCUGAAGAUCCAUCGAUAGUGAUCACAACAUACGAAGGACAACAUUGCCACCAAACCGUUGGAUUCCCUCGAGGAGGAAUCUUCCCAGCUCACGACCCUCAUAAUUUCACAUCCCAUCAUCAUCUCCCUCCUCCAUUGCCAAAUCCUUAUUAUUACCAAGAACUCCUUCAUCAACUUCACAGAGAAAAUACUUCUUCACCGCAAUUACCUCAAUCUACUACUGACGACGGACAUUUUGCAGUGCCGUCUAUUAAUCAACCAGAAGAAGGUUUACUUGGUGAUAUUGUACCUCAAACCAUGCGCAAUCCUUGAGGUACCAUCAGCAAAUCAUCAUAACCUUGAAAAAAAAGAAGCUAAGGAGGUGCUAACUCAUUGUGGAGAUAUGCGGCCGCAAGGGGUUGUAACUUGUAAGCAUAGAUCUCUUUAUAUUAUUUCAAUUUUGAUCAAAGGCGUCUCACCACCGCUAAAAUUGCAAUGUCUUAAGGUCUAUUCAUAGUACAUAUAUAUAUGAAUGUAUAUAGUAUAAUUUUGAUGUAAUUGAUCAACUUUAAUAUAUCUACUGACUUAUGUGCCAACGUAGAGCAUGUAUGUGCAUUCUUAAGAAAAGAAAA